AUGCGCAGGAAGAUGAUGGACCCUUUGGGGUUGUUCCCUGCCUCAUCAAGCCAGCUGCCAGAUGAUCUGCUCAUCGAGAUAUUUCUCUGCCUCCCAGCACACCCCACCUGCUUGAUUCGCACGUCCCUUGUCUGCAAGCGAUGGCACUGCCUCAUCAAAAACCGCCAAUUCGUCAGCCGCUUUCGCACACUUCAUCAGAAACUCCCUGUGCUUUGCUUCUUCAGCAACUCCACUAGCAUCCCCCGUUUUAUCCCCACAGGGGACCCUCCUAAUUGUGUCUCAACGGCAGCCUUCUCCCUGCCUGACCCCUGCUGGCAGGUCCUUGGCUGCCGUCACAGCCUUGUUCUCCUUGUUAGCUCAACCUGGACUCAGCUCCAGGUAUGGAACCCCAUGACUAGCAGCAGGCAAUAUGUACCGGCUACUCCGGAUGCUGAUCGGCGUUUUAAUCAUGGUAUUGUUCCUGAGAGCCAAGCUACAGUGCUUUGUGCAGCUGGCCACAAGGACAGUGGUGACUGCCACUCUUGCCCUUUUCUCGUAGUGUGGGUAUUCACUUGCACACGCUAUGCCUAUGCCUGUAGAUACUCGUCAGAGAGUAGCAGCUGGCACCAGAUGGUUUCUAAACCAACACCAUCUGAUAUUGAUUCAAGGCCUAGUGUCCUUGUUGGGAACAUCUUGUACUGGCCGCUGAAGGCAAAGUAUAUCCUUGCCUUUGAGUUGGAUACACGUAAAUUAUACCAUAUUGAGUGUCCAGAAGAUACACAUAGUGUGUACAGAAGGAAUGUCCACAUCAUGAAGGCAGAGGACGGUGGGCUAGGCCUUGCUGCCUUGACGGAGUUCAACCUGCGCCUAUGGGCUCGGGAGACAGGUCCGGAGGGUGUUAUGGAAUGGGUGCUGCGCAGGACCAUUCAGUUGGAUGCAUUCCUUCCACCGAAUGUGUCAUCGGUGCCGUUGGUAAAUAAUCAUUCUGCCAGUGGGCGUCCGGUCAGGAUAUUGGGUCUCAUUGAGGACGAUGAUAUGUUUUUUAUGUGGACGAGAGAGGGCGUCUUUGCAGUGGAGCUCAAGUCAAUGCGGUGCAACAAAGUUUUUGAGGCUCAAGUCCCUGCAACUAUCUUCCCCUACAUUGGCUUUUAUACCACAGGUGCCGAUCUCUUGACACUGCCAAGUUGA